AUGAGUGAACAUCAGGCAAUUCCUGAGCGCCCUCCAGCAGCAAACAGCCCCUCUGUAACUCGUUUUAUUCGCUACGAACAUCUCGUGGCUGGCGUGUCAGGAGGCGUUACUUCGACUCUCGUUCUGCAUCCGUUGGACCUGAUAAAAAUUAGGUUUCAAGGUAAGGUGCAAUGAAUAACUUGGUUGUUUGUAACUGCAAAUGUAUUGCAAUUUUGGCAACUGCUGAAUACCCUGCCACUCUGUACCACCAUUGUUUUCGUUGGUCGGCGUUCUUUGAAGAACGAAGCAUAACACAAUAGAUGCUAUUCUUAUUCAAUGACAUGCAAAUAAGUGGCAGGGUAUUCUGCAGUUAAGCCGCAAUUUUAAAUGUAAUGCUAUGCAACUGGCAUGAAUGUCGAAUCUAGGUUGUAUAAACACUUCACGACAGACAUAAUUUUCUCCUAAAAGGUCACCUUGAGCUGGGUCAUCCCUUUCUUUAAGAUGGAGGUGAUAAGCUUGACUCUUGUCUUACACUGACGCACAUGGAAUCGUUCCAACUGUCAUUGCAAUUAUUAUAAUGUAGCUUCAUUUAUCACAUUUUCCCAAAAAUUAAAAUAAAUUGAAAAAUCUCCAUCCUGAACAUGGUACCACUCAAAAGUAUUAGUUACCACCCUCUCGCGAGACGAGAGUCUCAUCUUGGCUCUCGUCUCUCGAGUCGAGAGUCUUGUCUCCCAAGGCAAAGGUCUUGUCUCUGGAGUUGAGACUCUCGUUUGUCUUGCAAGAGGGUUGAAAACCUGUAAGUAUCAAAUGGUCUUCGGAAUGUUGAUGGACUUAAGGAUGAAAAUAAUUCUGUGUUCUGCUUUUCUGAUCAUGUCAUGCAUUAGACCUCUGAUUCAUGGCAUAAACUUCGAUGAAAGAAUGCGGUUGUCUUGUACACUUUUACUUGGACCUUUUUAUGGCAAAAACAGUAUUGAAACUUUUCAAAGUGACUUUCUUUGUUUUAUAAAAACUGAUCAAACUGAGUCUCAAAACAGCUCAUAAGAUACCAACAAUUAUGCUACUUUAAAACGUAAACAAGGAGAGAUCAACCAAAUGAAUGAGCAAACUUUAAAAUGCAAACAUCAAUUAUUGCAAGGCAGUGAAAACAGACCAAUGGAUCUGGUGUCAUCAAUGUUCAUUUCAAACCGACUCAGGGCAUGCAAAACAUAUCCACAUUUAUAAAUGCAAGCUUCGAGAAUCUCUUGCUGUUUGGGCCUAUAAUGCAAAGCAAUGAGACCAUUUGAACCUCUCAUGAUUAUGUCAAGAGCUGCAGGUUUAGAGAUGUGUGAUUCCAGAAAAUAUCCAUACCCUCCCCCCACCCCCCACGGAUGGUCAAUGGAAAUUCCUAGGGGAUGGGGGGGCUAAAGAGUAGAAAUUUCCGGGGGUAUGGAGAGUGCCCACAAGAAGAAUUUUCCACAGGGUCGUAAAAGACGCGGUCAAUCGCACGAGACAUACUUAAGUAUCUGUGGAUUACUUUGAUUUGUAGCAUAACAAAAAUUAGAAGUAGAUGCCCUUUCGAGAAAAAAAAACUUUAAGAUGUUCGUCUCAAAUGUUUUCUUCUUUGCUGAGAGUUCGCUAUCAUCUCCGCUCUAACGAUUUGUCCACAUGCUCUAAUGAUUUGUUCUAACACUCUAACGGAUUGUUCUUACGAUCUAAUGGUUGAUUCUAAACAGGUAAUGGUCGGUCCAUCCAACAUUUGACUUUGACGAAGUCUUUAAAUAAAUAUUGUCCUUCGAGCAAAUCGAUCGCAAUUCUUGGUGCAAUUCUCAACAGGUCCAUUGCUUCUCCUGGAAUAAAUUUUAGCGCAUCGAUUAAUAAUAAUUUCUUUAUGUCAAACAUGUAUCUAGAUUGCAGAUAGUCUGAUAAAAACUUAUGUGUAGGCUAAUCGAGAACAAAUGUCGUCUAUCUCGGCGCUAUAUUUCUUGAGCUUUGUGUAAACAAUUAAAUGCAAAUUUCUGUUAACAUUCAGUGAGCUCAUCGCGACAAAGCGUCGUGUGACGACCCAAAUCAGACCUUUGCUGGGUUUUAUUAUUGACUAACUAAUAGAGUACGGUUGAAGGCAAGCUGUUUGUCCAAACGACUUCUAGCCUGUACACACACGUUGUUUUAUUUUUCUUAUCGUUCUCUUCGAAAACAUCGGGGAGCUCGCGAGUGCGCUAGAUUGAGCGCGGAACAUGAGAAAGAAAAAUAAAAAACGUCUAUUUUCUUAUUCCUCCACCACUACCCCCUUACACUGGCGGUCAAUAAAUCCCUUGCGGUUUAUAAUUAAUCACCCGCGCUCAACGGACUUUGAAGAGGAAAUAGAGGGUCUGCGAACAGGCUAACAGACUUCUCGCCAAAUCAACUUUUGCCCGAAAAUAUUAACGAUCUGUUUCUUCUUUGUGGAGGAGACUUUCGACCAUGUGCUAGGCAACGAAAUAGAUCUUGUUUCAGUGAUGUUCAUUUCUGAACAUGAAUCAAAGCAAAUAUGGGACGCAAAAUGAAUGUUUGUGUAUUUUGUUCUUUAAUAACCCAAAUAGGUUUUUUGUUAUUCCUGGAAUUUAUGUAACUGCAAGUGUAAUUCAUUCAAAGUUAAACUUAACUACAAACAUCGAGAAAUCGACUUUUGGUGACUUUAGGAGCUGAGGCCGAACAUUUAACGAUAAACUUUGUUUGUAAGUUAGUUGUCUAGUGGAUCUGUUUUGAAAUUCUAAUAUCUUCACAUAGUUUAAUGUUAAAUCAAUAGUUAACUUCGAAGUUAUGCUGUAAAUGUUGCAUUUAAUAAUAAUAAUAAUAAUAAUAAUAAUAUUUGUUUAUUUCCACCAUUCGCAGAUUUCUGUGAAUUACAGGUAGGGUCAGGCAAAGCACUUACAAACAUACAAUUAUAAAUAUAAAUAUAUAAAUAUAAAAACAUAAAUAAUUAUAAUAAAGUAGUAAUAUAGUAGACAUCGCAUACACAUUAUUACACACAAUUGAUAUACGGCGCAUAGUUAACUGACACGAAUUCUGAGAACCGGUCAGAUCGGCCGGGUAACACAUGGCAUGAUGGUCCUGACCUCAGUGAAUACGAGGUUUGCGACGAGAUGACCCUGCUGGAUAUUAGGUGGUAAGCGGGCUAACGUGCAUAGUUUCCGUCACAAAUUUCUUGCACGCCAGGUGGCGUCUGGCCUCUAGAGACAGAAGCCCGGCACGCGCGAGGGUGUCCUCGUAGCUCAAGUCAGGACCAAAGAUGAUUCGUAGGGCUCUCUUUUGCACUCUUUCUAAAGCCUUGCAGAGAUACUGCGGUAAAUUUGCAAAAACUACUGAUGCAUACUCUAGAACAGAUCUUGGUAGGGAGCAAUACACAGCCACCAACUCCCCAUCUUGCACCCCACAAGCUUUCAGUUUUCUUAGAGCAUAAAGGCGGCGGUUUGAUUUCUUUAUUAUAUAGUCGCAAUGAGUCGACCAGCUGAGGUUCGAGGAAAUGUACACCCCGAGGAGCUUAAACGAUUCCACCGAUUCAAUAACAGAACCUCCUACCGCUAUUGGUUGACUGUAGCAACUAUUAUAAUGCAAAAAAUCAACCCGCAUCAGCUUGCACUUACUAGGGUUACUAGGGUUUGAGAUGAAAUUGACUUAGACAAGACAUGUACAUAGUGAAACUUAAUUACAAUACCAGAAAUCAACUUUGUCUAACUUUGUCUGUAAGUAGAUUCAUUUUAAAAUUCGAAAAAUAAUGUUCACAUAGUUUUAUUUCAACGAAUAAUUCAAAUUUAAAGUUAUGUUCAUCUCAAGAAAACAUUUAAUGUUUUCUUGAGAUGAACAAGUUAAUAAUAUUAAUCUCUGUUUUCGUGCCUCGCGCGUUUCGCUGGACAGACUAAUAAAACAGAGAGACUGUAGAUAGUCUAUCAAGCAUGCUAUACCGGCAUAAGAAAUAGGUAUUGCCUUUGUGUAUUAAGAUAAGAACAGUUAAUUUUAAGUGGUACACAGUCGAUAAUCUCUAAAUGCGGCAAAUUCAGACCAUCAGAAGGAAAAUAGGAAAUUCCUGGGGGGUGGGGGGUUAUACAUGACCCCUCUGGAGCAGAAAUUCCAAGGGGGGGGGGAGGAUGGGGUAUGGAUAUUUUCUGGAAUCACUCAAUUUACAUUUGCAGAGUCGCUAAAAUUUGUUUGAUUGGUAACAACUUUACAUGUAACUUGACACGUGCAAUUUUUAUUCCUUGGAUUUUUGCUGACUUUAAGAUGGACCAAAUUAGUUCAAAGAAGUUUAAAUUGUUUGUAAACGAGAAAUAUUCCUAGACUGUUUAAAACUUUACUUCGGUUUCAAGCUUAAUCACGACAGCGCUUUGACAAGAGAGUUUCGUUGUCAUUUUCGUUCUCAGUUGUAGAGAUGUCGAGCUUCCCUAACAUAUUCCAAAAUUGAUGCUUAAGUAAUUCUCAUGAGACGAUUCUUUUGUCUUUCAAGACAAGGCACUUGUCUUUAGAGAUGAGACGCUCAUCUCAUGAGAAGUGAAACUAGACUGGUAACUUACUUUUAAUUUGAGCGGUACUGUACAUACAUACUCCAGAUUUCCUUCUCAUAGGAGAACCAAAGACUCAUACCUGUCCAUGUGAUGGGUUUUUCAAAUACAAAUCCCCCUAAUUUUCGGCGGCCAUUUCAACCAUUGCUUUUGAGAUAUACAGCCAUAGUACAGUAUAUGAGAUGUACAAGUUACAAAAUUUUAAUAAUUUAUGCUCUUUCAGUUCCUGCUAACGUGAUUAUUCCAAAGUUAAGCCUUUCAGGAUUAAUUUAUUUAUAGAAAGUUGAUCAGGUGACCAACUAUUCAAAAGGCCUAUGAUGAGCUAGAAAAUAGAAACAUGAUGGACUUGGAAAGAGAGGAAGAUAACAGGUCUUGUACAGCUGUACUUCCCCAAUCUGUGGUUCACAUGAUCUUCAUUAGAAUUAUGCUUCUUUUCAUUAAAUUAACAAUUAUUAAAUGAGGCUGAGUAUCUUAUAAUUAUAAAGAAUUUUGUGGAUCGAGGAGGGUUGGCUGAGGCGGAUAACACCCUCCGAGACCUCCAUAAUUCUUCAUGUGAUACAAAAGCUGAAUUCAAUGAAUGCUUUAUUAUUCAUUAAAAGUAAUUCCUAGUUUAAAAACAAAGCUAAAACAUGCUUACCUCCAUCGAUCUUAAGUUCAUCUUCGAUAGUGCACAUUUAGGGUUGUUCAGCUCGGCAAAUAUUCUCUAAAUAGCAAAUGUUGCCCUUAGAGUUGCUUUCUUGCUGUUCUUACAUGUACCAUGUUUUUAGCCAUUAUUUCACCUAGUUCUUACUCUUGAAACGAGUGAAAUGUCCACCAUUUUUUUUUUCACAACCAAAACAACUCAACCUAGUUCCCAGGUCUUCUCUGUUAAUGGUGCAUUAACCUGCAAGAAAGCUGCACUUUUGACGUGAUCGGUUGAUUAAUUGCAAAAUUCUUCCAAAUUUGGUCAUCAGUAGCUGGUUAUGGUAAAUUAUGCAUGUGCUUUUAGCCAAUCAGAAUGGGGGAAAUAUUUUGAAUGAAUAAUAAUAUGGGUUUAUCAAAAAACCUAAAAUCGACUUUUUACCAAAUUUUUCACCUGAUUUUACAUGAAAUAGACAGAUUUGGUUGUUUUAUGCUGAAAAGUGGAUUUUUUUCAAAUAGCUUGGUACUUUGCUUAAGGUGAACUUCUCCCAAUGUACAGGUACUGUGUUGAGUACUGCAGCACUAAGACAGCCAAGAAUUUGAAUCCUUUUCAAGUCCUUACAAUUCUUGGGCUUAAUUUGCUGUUAAUCCCCAUCUGCAUGUAGAAAACAAAAUAAUAAUUAUUUUAAUACAUUUAAUGUGACUGUUUCAUUUUUCAUCUGAAUGUUUUCAUUAAUAUUAUUAGUUAAUGAUGGCAGUGGGAAGUUGCCAGCAUACAGAGGUUUAGUUGAUGCAGUGCAGUCCAUUGUCAGAACUGGGGGUUUAAAGGGGUUAUACCAGGUUAGUAAAUUUUAUAGUAAAAAGAACCUUGUGUUUGGAGACUGGUUUGUUUGUUUUCAUUCAUCAUGAAAAAAUACAGAUUUUUUUAUACUUUUCUGAAGUUGGUAAGCUUACAUGUAGCAGUGAAUUCAGCAAGGAAUAAUCGUUCUCAUUUUGGGAAUUUUGAACAAUCAUUCCUUUAUUUGUAACUUUUGUAACUUUAUUUGAUUUACCACAAAAUACAAAUAACGAUAAAACAAGACAGUUACACAAAAGCAAAUGAAAGUGGUGAGGAAGCCCAAAAAGAAACCAUGAGGCUUAUAGACAUUGGGCUCCCUCAGAGUAAAAAUAAAGUUAACAGUAACUGUAAGGCCAGGAUCGAAAGUAAAAUACAAUGAAGGUAAGUAUAAAUUAACUAAUUACAUAGACUGAGUUAAGUUGACAAAAUAUAAGGUAUGGUACAUGUAUCAAUAAGAUAUAACUAUUUACUACAAGAUUUAUAACUAAUAAUUCACCUAUAUAUUUUUUUCAAUUUCGUUUUGAAUAAGUGAAGAGAAUUAGAUUCUUUAAUAUCAUUUUCUAUAGAGUUAUAAUAAGUAGGUCCUUGGAAACUGACAGAAAAUUUACGAAGGUUUGUUCUACAAAAAGGAAGGUGAAAAUUGUUCGCGUGUCUAGUCUAAUUAUGCAACUGUUAAGGGUUAACUUUACACUGUAUUAUUAGUUACACACCAAAACACCAGCAUGCAACAACAUGGUCAGUGAAGGUCACCACACCUUGUGCCCCCUUCCGGUCACGCUUCUGCUAGCGUUCCAUUCUCUGUGUGUAAUCCAAAUAGAGAAUACUUCAGACAAGUUAGCUCCCAAAGUACAACAGUGAAGACUUUCUGUCAAUAAACAAAGUUUUUGACCAAAAAAGCUAUAAGAUUAUCAGCUAACCUAUUUAGCUCACCUUUCUUUUCUUUUCUUUUUUUUAACUGAUAAUGAGUACAAGUUUUUUUUUAUGAAUUCCAGGGUGUGACUCCUAAUGUAUGGGGCAAUGGGUCUGCAUGGGGACUGUACUUUUUCAGGUAAGUGAUUAGAACAGGCAACAAAACAAUAUUUUGUGCAGAAUUCUUUAUUUUGUACCUUCAUUAGAAUUUAUGUACAAUUAUUUAACUGCACAUUACUGGGUAUAUGCAAACUGAGCAGCUAGGAGGUUCUUUUCUUUCUAUUUUCUUCUUCCGUAUCUGUUUGAGUUCCUACUGCUCCUAUUUUCUUCUCUCGUAAAUUUGUACAUUUGCAUACUUUAGUAGCAAGAGGAAAAACCCAGCACUUGGGAACCUGGCCCAGGUGGAAUCAAGCAUAGAUUGAAACGACAGAACCUUCUCGUUAGUUUUUAAGGCCGUGGUUUUAAAGAGCGUUUAAACUAGGUUUUUUUAUGAGGUUUUGCUGAUUGUGUAAAAAAGAAUUUUAAAGGCGUGAGCUAAGAAGCUAUUUUGUGCCAUGUAUCAGUUCUUAUUUACUUUUAAUUAGUUUUUGGUUUCUUCAUACAGUUAUAACAUUUUAAAAGCUUGGAUGCAGAAGGACUCAGAUAAGCCUCUUGGAGCAGAGAAACAUCUUCUUGCUGGGACUAUAGCAGGUACAUGUAACACAACUCUCGCACCACAAAUAGUCCAAAACUUCGCCGCCCACGUAUUAACAGAUACUAAAAAGUUUAAUCACAUCUCCUUUUUCUUUGGGAAUUAGGGUGGCCCUCCAUCAAAGAUCAGCUUUUAGUCCGUGAUACUACCCAAGGACGCAAAAUUGUUAAUAGCCUCGCUCCAUUGUACUUGAGAAGUAAACUCAGUAAGCGAUCAGACGUACACCACUACCACACGAGGAAAAGGGGCAAUCUAAAUCUCCCUCUAUGCAGAACAGUUACUGCGCAACGGUCAUUUUACUAUCGCGCUGUAAGUGCCUGGAACUCUCUGACUGCAGACACUAGAAACAGCCCGUCAUUAUGUACCUUUAAGAGGAGCGUCAAACGCGAAUUGCGGGAGCAGAUUCCAUACGUUAAAUAGUUAAUAUUUGAUUUAGUUUAGAUCUCCAACGAGAUAACGUAAUUGUACACGCAUAGUUUAGGCUUUUAGUUUUGUACCAAGAUUGUAAUCAUUUUAGGCUUUUUCUUCUUACCCCUUUCUUUUUUUAGCGUUUGUAAUUUAACUUCACAAUAGCCCUUUGGGAGAGUUAAUAAAAUUUAUUGUGUUGCUUUGUAUGAUAUAACAGCAAUCAAGUUCAAACCAAACUCUUGUGCCCCCUUACACAGUGUCAUCCCCAAUUGUCGGUCUGUGAUGAUUUAUACACAAAGUUGAGAGGAUUGGGUGACACCCAGUAUCCAUCUUAUAAGUUGAGUUGAUGUAUUUUCCUCCCUUUCAGGAACUGGAACACUAACAGUAACAAAUCCAAUAUGGGUUCUCAAGACUCGCCUCUGUCUUCAGUACACUGGUUCACCAGCUGCCGUUACUCAAGCACCGCAAUACAAAGGGAUGCUUGGUAAGAAA